AUGCCUGCUAUCCAAGAUCUACAAGAGUACUUUGGCACCACUUUGACUGUCAUGAAUGCAACCAUCGCAUUGUACGUGGCAGCUAUGGCACUAGCGCCAUUAAUCUGGUCACCAUUAAGUGAGCGCGUUGGUCGAAGGUAUUUCAUCAACAUUGCAAUUAAGCUUUUUAUAUGGAUGCAUUAUAUACACGUAUACUCACCGCAAAAAUUUCUAAUACCUGUGUACCUUAUCAGUAUGUUAAUCUACACCGUGACUACAAUUGUCUGUGGUGUCUCCAAAAACCUUGCUCUUUUCUUCGUCAUGCGUACUUUACAAGGAGUUUCUUCUUCAGCAGGAAUGACCGUCGGCGGCGGAACUAUCGCGGAUUUAUUUUUGCCACAUGAACGAGGCAAGGCAAUGAGCUUACUGACUCUUGGUACAGUGACUGGUCCUGCCGUUGGGCCACUCGUGGGUGGUUAUGUCUCGAAAUACUUGGGUUGGCGCUGGAUUUUUUAUAUAUGUACAAUCAUUGGAGGUGUCGUUUUACUCCUAAAUGCAUUGAUCGUUAGAGAAUCCCUCUAUCAACCCGAUAGAGUAAAGCCCGAGACAAUGAAAGAACGAAUUGCAUAUCUGAAAUUUGAUCCACUUCGCGGACUUAUGCUUCUACUGCGACCACAUGUCAUCUUGACGUGCCUACCCCUUUCUGUUUCUUUUGGAUGGUUCUAUUUCCUAGUCGCAAUUUUGUCUCCUACGUACACUGAAAUUUAUAACUUUGAUCAAGGCUCUAUGGGCCUACUUUAUCUUACUGGCGAACGACUUCUUCCCGUCUUGUGUUGCGUUCCAUUCAUUGUUGCCGGCGCACUCAUGUAUGGCUGGUUCGUUCAUGCAAAGUUACAUUGGUUUGUCCCUUUAGUAGGAUACCUGAUCAUGUCUUUGGGAACAAUGUACGGUAAUGUAACCAGUAACUCGUAUCUUGUUGAAUCAUAUCUUCCGGUCGCAGCUUCAGGUAAUGUUAAUUGGUAG